AUGUCAUCAACACCAGCUGAAGAAAUUGAAUUAUUAGAACGUGUGCUAUUGCGUUUGGGUUGUGCCGACAGCGAUGAAAAGUUGGAAGCUAUUGUUGGACGCUUCUUAACGCCGGUGAUAUUGAAAAUAUCCUCACCUCACGAUGUAGUACGCAAAAAGGUGGUUGAGGUACUGACGCAUAUUAAGAGACGCGUCACCUCACGUCCGCUUGUGCAAAUACCCGUUGAAGCUUUGCUCGAUCAAUAUUCAAAUGCUGGCAAUUCACCCUUUUUGCUCAAUUUUGCCAUAAUCUUUAUAACAAUGGGAUUUCCACGUCUGAGUAUUGAACAGCAAAGUGCGCUUGUGCCAAAGGUGUUGGUUUGCGAGGAAAAAUUGGAAAAUUAUCGUGAUAAACUUUUUAUGUUAGUUUUGCCAAUGUUGGGUGAUAUCAAGUUACCUGCUGAUCCAGCUCGUGUAAAUGAAGUCUUAAAGUUAAAUGAUAAACCAACGGUACGUAAAAAUUUUCUACAACUACUACAAGAUGUAUUACUCUUGCCCUAUGGUGUUACGUUGGAUUAUGAUGGUCUUCCGCCUGGCAUGAGCUCAUAUUCUUUUAAACGUGCUGCUUCUAGUAACUGGAAAGCUGAAGAUCUAGAAAAGAUUAAAAAAGGCAUAGUGCGUUUAAUUUGUGCCGGUCUCUUCAAAGACAUCGAAUCGUUUAUAUUGCUCGUUCUAGCAUCAUCCGAUACACGUUUUAGCGUAGCCACACCAGCUAUAGCCGAGUUGAGUAAAGUUUGCACGGCAAUCGAUUUCAGUGAUCCACAAGUAACAGCACCACUCUAUACGCUAUUCUGUGGUAAUAAUAGUCAGGAUGUUGAACGCAAGACAACACCUUGUUGUGCACGUGUGCGUCAGAAAUUACUGCAGUACUUGAUUAAGUGUCGUGGUAAGGGCAUAAAUGCACCCAAAGGCAUACAAGUGAUAUUCGAAGGUCUCUUCGGUGUGAAUUCGAACCAGAAAUGUAAAGUGUUGGCGUUGCAAUUUGCCGAAAUUCUUAUUAAAGAUGGUCCAAUCGUUAUUGUCUCCAAAGUAGCAAAAGUUCUACUUACUGGUUUGAUAAAAGUUGGAGGGCGUGAUUCGAAUGAACCUUUCGACGUACAAAUUGCAGCACAUUCAGCCUUAGCGCAAUUGGCACGAACUUGUCCGGAUGUGGUCAAUCAAGAUCUAAAAGUGGUGCUGUCAUUUUUCAAUUAUUUAGCAAAUGCACCUGAAAUACAAUCAUCCAUACGCGAUGCUUUGGUAGCUAUGGCGCCAUCAUUUGCUUGGAAAUCACCAAAACGUGAAAAUGCAGAAGGAAGCCUUGAGGAAAAUGUGCAAUUGAGUGGACAACAGCAUUUGCUUUUAGCUAUGCUAACAGAUAAUGUUGAAUCAAAGCAGCAAGCCGUGCAGAAUGCGACUAGUGUAUUUCUGACUACAUGCUAUCCUGAAUAUUAUGCGCCAGCGCGGCUUCUAUUGUUACUUAUUGCAGGCGAGCGUAAUCAUUUGCACGACAGCGUCACCACUUAUUUGUAUGGUGUUUCCAAGAAGGAUCACAUUGACUACAAUUUAGUAUAUUCUGUGGAAUAUGUAGAAGAACCAAAAGACGAUUUUAAUCAAUUAUCCGCCGAGCGUCGUCCAAUUAUAUUGCCAAGUUUCAAAUCAAUCAUGCAACAUGUUAGUCAAAUGGCUGAGAGACGUUUGCUAAAGAAUUACGGUUGUGAGACCAUUAGCAAUGUUAAAUUGGCAUUCACUCAGAAUGUCUAUGAAGAGAUACUCGAUUAUUUGCGUAUUUGUCUCUGGUAUUCAGCUGGCGCACGGGCAGCGCCUGGUGAUGAGAAGGCAGCGGCCAAGUUAAAGGCUUACAUCGCAGAAAACUAUGAGGCGAGCGAACAAAAUGAAUUAUAUCAAUAUGUGCAGUUUGUAAAGCGUUUUGUGGAGGCUAAAAGAACCGAAGUCAACUUGCUUUGCCUAUACGAUUUAUUACACGCAGCACCUGAGCUUCUCACCGAAUCGCAUAUACAUUUACUCACACCAUUGUCCAACUCUUUGAAAGAUGUUUCUGAAACAAUGCGCAUAAAUGUGGCGCAAGUUUAUGGCAUACUUUUAGCUUACGGUUUCAAGGAUAAGGAGUUCGAUACGCAAAUUAGUGACUGCCUUAAAGAGCUGCCACAAAAGUCUCUGGAAAAUAAACAUGGCUGGAUGCUGGUUUUGGGACACGCCUUUAGUCGCAAAAUCCCAUUGGUAACUAAGAACUCGACGACUAAACAACUAAAUGAAUGGUCAGUUUUUGUGGAAACUGUUAAAAUAAUAGUCAAAAUGAUGCACGAAUCACAGUGGUUACUUGUGGCUGCUGCUGUCAAGUGUAUCUCGAUGAUUGGCAAAAUGGCUAUAAUACCGAAUGUUGAAGUUGAAAUACAGGUGGCUGUAUCGAGUGAUAAAAAUGAUGAUGAUGAUGACGUUGAAUAUGAGACUGCUAAAGCCUCAACAAAGCUCUUAAUUUAUCACAACAUUUAUACACUGUUGCGCAAUGUUUCGGUGCGUGCACGCGUGCGUGAGGAUUCAGCACGCUGUCUCGGAUAUUUGGCCAUUGGUGAUGGUGAAUUCUUUACACAACGCAAUUUGGAUAAAUUUUUAUCAAUUAUUAAGACGCAAAAAGAUGUCGCUUUGAAUAUUGCCAUCUCGGAGGCGAUGGUCGCUACAUUGAAUGGUUAUGACAUAAAUGCUAGUGAUGAAUUUGCCAACAAACAUAAAAGUAAUCCAUAUUGUAAUGAUGAUAUGUUUGAGAAAUUUAUGAUGUCAUUGGUGCGUUUGGUGCCAGAGCCAAAUGUGCAUUCGCGGCAGGCCUCAGCGGUUUGGUUACUGGCUUUGAUUAAAAGUUGCAGUCACCGCCCUGCUGUGCUUAAAAAUAAACAAAUACUGCAAUUUGCAUUCACCGAAUUGCUCUCCGAUGAUAGCGAAUUUGUACAAGAUGUUGCCUCGCGUGGCUUGGGACUCGUCUACACAUUAUCUGAUGCUGAUAGUCAAAAUGAUUUAGCAAAUUCACUUCUUGAUCAAUUGAUUGGCGGCAAGAGACAGGUGAAUAAAGUCAGCGAAGAUACGGAACUGUUCGCCGAAGGCAUGCUGGGCAAAACACCAACCGGUGGCAACAUUACUACAUACAAAGAACUCUGUUCGCUCGCUUCCGAUCUCAAUCAACCCGAAAUGGUUUAUCAAUUCAUGCAAUUGGCCAAUCAUAAUGCCGCCUGGACUAGUAAAUUAGGUGCUGCAUUCGGCUUAAAAUCUCUCAGUGCUGAUUCUAAAGCUAAAAUGCAACCCUACCUUGGCAAGAUUAUACCACGUUUGUAUCGUUAUAAGUAUGAUCCCACACCGAAAAUACAAAAUUCAAUGAUUUCAAUUUGGGAUUCGGUGGUGAGUGAUCCGAAGGAGGCGGUUGAAAAGUAUUAUUGGGAAAUUUUAAAAGAAAUCUUGGAUAAUUUAACAUUUACUGAGUGGCGUGUGCGCAUUGCUUGCUGUUUGGCAGUACGUGAUUUGUUGAAACGACCAAAUGGUUUACGUUUGCGCAGUGAUGAGAAGAAAUUGGAGGCAAUAAAGCAGAGUAAAGAUGGGAAGGAGACAGACAAAAGUACGCCUAUGGAAGUGGAUGAAAUACCCGAGCCUGAGUUGCAGGAAUUGUGGGCUCAAUUGUUUCGUGUUAUGGAUGAUAUACACGAGGGCACGCGCUUGGCAGCCCAAGGAUCUGUUAUGUUUUUGAGCAAGCUCUGCGUUUCGGCUGCCUCCUCAGAUCACGGCAAAUCCGGUCUGGCCGUUGCUUCCUCUAUUUUACCAUUACUACUACAAACCGGCGUCACACACACCGUUGCUGAUAUACGUAAAGUCAGCAUACGUACAAUUUCCGAAAUGAUUGACUCAUCAGGUUCACUGAUUGCGCCACAUCUGCCCAUGCUUAUACCAUGUCUAUUGAAGGCCACCGGCGAAGUAGAAAGUUCAAAGUUAUCAUAUUUAUCAACACGACUGGGUGCUGAUAAUGAAGCGCAAGAAGCUGUGGAUACAGUGCGCGCCGAGGCAGCUAAAUCACAUCACACAAUGGAAUCGAUAUCGAAGUGCAUGCGUUACAUUGACUUCAAAGUGCUCGAAGAGAUGACCCCCAGUGUUUUGGAAUUAAUUAAAACGAAUAUUAUAUUAGGCACAAAGAUUGCUUGUGCGCAUUUCGUUUGUUUGAUAAGCAUACGUGUUGGUAAAGAAAUGUCACCGUUGGUAGGCAAAUACCUCGCUGCCUGCUUUGUGGGCUUAAAAGAUCACAAUGCCACCGUACGUAAAUACUAUGCGAAUGCAGUGGGCCAUUUGGUGGGCAUAGCAAAGGAAAAAUCCAUUAAGAAUUUGUUUGUCAAACUUGAUGAAUUGUAUAUGGAAAACUGCGCAAAUCGUUCUGUUCCGCUCACAAUACAGGCGAUCAAUAAGCGUCAUAAUGAUUUAUUAAAAGACUACCUGGAUGAUGUAUUGCCACUCACGUUCUUUGCCAAACACGAAGAACCUAAUGAUGAAAACAAAUCGAAUAUCGAGUUGUGGAAAGAACUCUGGAAUGAGAUUAGUCCCGGUGAUGCCGGCAUACGCAUGAAUUUACAUGUGAUCAUACCGAAAUUGGAGAAAUCACUGGAUGAGGCUAGCUGGUUGCGUAAGACGCAAGCCGGCAAUGCCAUACACACAAUCGCUAUGCGCUUAAGCGGCACCAUUGAAGAGGGCGACCGCAUGCGUUUAAUUAAUUUGCUUCUAAGCGAAUUGCAGGGUCGCACUUUCAAGGGUAAAGAACGUCUACUGCACGCUUUGGCAGCACUCUGCAAAGGACUUGAUCGUCAUCAUGAGAUUACAGUGCGCAUAGUGGAUGCAGCCAUGCGUGAGUGUCGCAAAGAGGAUCCACAAUAUCGUACCUUGGCACUGCAAGCGUUGGGUGAUAUAUUAGAGGAGUUGGAGGUGGAUCGCUUUGAAGAGGUCUACAAUAUGAUUUGGUAUUUACUCGAAGAGAAGGAAUUACGCAAAGAGGAGAGCGAUAUUGCGCCAGAGAAGACUUUAACAGCUGAUGAACGUAAUAAACGCGCUACGAUUUUCAACAAAUUAAAAGAGACAGUCUGCGAGACAUUGGGCAAAUCAUGGCCCAAACAUGGUGUCGCAACACAAUACAAAUAUCAAAUGCAAUUUGUCGAACGCAGCUUAUUGUGCUUGCGCAGUAGUACACGCCCCGUGCAGGUGAGUCUACUCGGCGCGCUCUGCAAGUUCGUUGAGCGUUUAUGUGUCUUCGCCAGCGAUAGUGCACCGCCCGUGGAGGAGGGCAACCAAGAGAAGAAAUUUAAAAUUGAUAAUGGCGGGUCGCGUGAUGUGAUUGUGGAGAAAAUCUGCAAUGAAGUAUUAUCGGCGGUCAUAUAUGCAUCUGCUCUACCACAUACCGGUCUCAAGAAAGAAUCUCUCAACAUUGUUUUAGUGCUCAUUAAACGUUUAACAGAUGCUAAAGAUUUGAAAAAUCUAACGCUUGUGAAAACUGCUUUUGAAGAAAAUCUUGCAAAUUUCCAAAAGGAUCCAACCCCUGAGGUGCGUUGUCGUGUCAAUGAUAUUGAAGAGAAAUUUAGCAAGGUGUCCUUUAAGGACGAUUGAGAUUCGAUGCAUGCGGAUUGAGACGUGCAUAUAUAGAUACAUAUACAAAUAUAUAUAUCAUUUUGUGUCAGAAAUAUCUACAUGAAAAUACUGAGGAGUAAUUUUGAUUUAAUAAAAAAAAAAAAAUUCAUUAAAUAAAUAAA